UGCUCGCUAGCGGCGCCAGGCUGAGGCGCCAUCUCAGCACAUGUGUGUCGUCUGAAUAUCUGAAGAUUCAUGACCAGCAACCCCAAAACACUACUUGUUAAUGGUUAGAAUAGAAUUCCUGACUUCCCUGGCUAAAUAUUCGACCGAAAAUAUAGAGGAGGAAGAAGAAGAAGUACACGUCUGUCGCGGCAAUACGCAGCCAUAACGGAAAAGGAAUAGGAACGGAAAAGAUACUAGUAGUUACACGAUGGUAGACGAAGUAUCGCCAAAGGCGUAUCCGCUGGCGGACGCGACGCUUACCAUAAAGAUACUGAAUCUGGUGCAGCAGGCGGUGAGCUACGGACAGCUGAAGAAGGGAGCGAACGAGGCCACCAAGUCCUUGAAUCGUGGCCUGUCAGAGUUCAUAGUGAUGGCUGCCGAUACCACGCCACUGGAAAUCCUGCUGCACCUGCCGCUGUUGUGCGAAGACAAGAACGUACCUUAUGUCUUCGUGCGGAGCAAGCAGGCCCUGGGACGAGCCUGUGGAGUCUCCAGGCCGGUGGUAGCUUGUUCAGUAUUGAUGCUAGAUGGCUCACAAUUGGUUACACAGAUCAAAGCUAUCCAAGAAGAAAUUGAGAGGCUCUUAAUAUAAAUGACAUCUAUAUUUGUUAUUUUUACAUGGUAAAAAUUAAUUACUAGUAACACAAUAUUAUCACUACCACAAAUAUUUUGACAUAAACGAAAUGCAACUUAAUAACUGCUAUUUAUAAAAAGAAAUGUAUGUUAAUCUCCCGUAUGAAAUCUUUUGUAUAAAAGAAAAAUUUUAAACAUUAAUAAAAAGUUCAAUACC